AUGAUUGGGAGGCGUGCAAUUUGGCUGGCGUUUGCGAGUUUGGAUUUGUUCUUGAAUAUCGGCGAUCCCAACUUCUUGACGUUCGGUAUUCCCUUUUUCAACAUCCACCCACCGCGUGACGCGCCCACGACCCUUUCCCUUCUAUUUCGAGUCGGCUUAGCGAUUAAGAGUAGUAUAUCCAGGGAUAUACGCGAUUCUCGCUUGGGUGUUGCGUUUACCCACGCGCAGCACUACGCGUCGACCUCCCGAGAGCCAGCGCUGGGCAUAGCUGACGAUCAUGCAGCCAGAUCGCAAAGGUCUCCCACAUUUGUAACUGAGACUGACCUGCCUACACUAGACCCCGUGAUUAAUAUGAGUAAAAGCCAAGGGGAGACACUGCCGAUGUCAGACAAUCCGCCGGCUAGUGGAGAAGCAACGGCACCACCAUCAGCCGUGUCAUCAACUGGAUCAACCAUCUCGAUGAAUCACCUGGGACCCCCUUGUGUUCAAUGCAAAUCAAAGCACAUACGCUGUGAUCGAUCAAAGCCUGUAUGCGCAGGAUGCUCGAAGCUAACACGUGACUGCACAUAUCCUCCUAGCCAAAAUGGCACACCCAAAACUGAUUCUCGACCGAAAACUAUACCACAGCGUGAUUCCCCGGUGGUGAUUCGGUCCACUUCCCCCGAUCCCAAGGCUACGGGCAAGCGUCAGCGAGACGAGAGCAGUGAUACCGGGCCAAAGAGCAAUGGCACAUCCUUUUCAAGCCCUUUCAAUCUAAUUAAAUCUGCCCAGAAACCAGCCGCAAAACGCGCAAAGUUGAAUGCAGACAAUGAAACAGAAAUCCGGUGUCAAUUGAUCAACGACAUCAAUAUCCAGAGAACAAAUCAUCGAAAUAUCACCUCCAAUGAUCUAAGAGACAUCAUUGCACUUCUGAUUCAAGCCAAGAAGAAACGUAACCUUGACUCGCCCAGCGAGGAAGAAAAGGAACAGUGGCUCGAGCAAGAUGAGCUCAUGGAGCUUGCCGCCAACAAGAUGGAAAGGGGUGGCCGAUGCUCACGGGCAGCGUUGAGUCGCUGGGAACUAUUUCUGACUGCUCCCAUGGUGGAAGAAACAGACAAGAAAGAUCUCGAGCGAGCCAUUGCGGUUGAGGAAUCUCACUCGGCCGUGUCAGUGGCCGCGCCAUAUAACUUUUUACAACUUCGCCGCCUUCUGCGGAUUCUUCAAGACCCUGCUGCCUAUGGUGUGGAAAACAACGCACCAGCCAAGACGUACUUGACGAGCAUGGUCGCAGAUGCCAUUGCGAACAAGUGGGCAUUGACCAGGGCCACACACAAAGCCAUUGUGGAUUUCCUUGAUCCAGAGAAAGAGAUAAUUAUCCCCGAUCCGCCGCCGUUGAAGAAAUCAACUGAUGAACAAGGCGCACCCAAGCCCAAGAAGAAGGUCCUGCCUUCCUCCAAAACUCCCCAAACCUCCGCGCCUUCCUCACAUGCCCAUUCCACACAACUUCAGAAAGAUCUCGCAGAUGUUUCUGCUUCACCACCCACACCGUUUGUCAUCACUCUGAAAGAUUCACAGUCUACUCCUAACCUCAAUAUGCCGUCGUAUUCCAAGUUCAGAGUUUCAUCUGGAAACGCUUCCUCCCGACCCUCCUCACUCCAACCACAACAGCCACAGCAACCAAAGGAAACACAGCAACAAGCCUCAACCCAGCUCAAACCCGAUACUCCAAUAAAACUGAUGAAAAUAUUCAUGGAGCAUGUUGCUCCUCUCGUGCCAAUCUUCGAUCUCGACGAUUUGGACCGAUUACUGAGAAUGGCCUCGCUGCAUGGUACCUUCGCAUUCCGCGAUGUUGAUCCAACACUGGGUCUUUGCUUCGCCCUAGCUGCCCUGCAGUCUCGAGAUCGUGCUCACUGGAAAUCUCGGGAAUGGUACAGGGGUGCUGAAGCCGAAAUCAACACGGACGAAGUCAGCGAGAAUUCAAUUCUAGCCAUUCAACGACGCAUCCUCCAAGUCCUGUAUCUCCAGAUGAUUGGAAAUAUUCAUAGAGCCUGGAGUAUUCUGUCUCUGGCCCUUGGUCUCGCAGAGGCAAACGGGAUCCAAACUGUUGCCGGUGGUCCUCUCGCCGUGGACAGCACCUCCCAGCAGCGCGUGCGGGUGCUAUGGCAUUCUCUUUGGAUGACGAGACUUAGUUUAGCUUCGCAAAUGGGAAUGAAUUGGCAGUCCCUGGAGACACGCUACCCGGUGCCAAUGCCGACUGAUAUUCCAUCGGGAUCGAAGGUAAGCAAAACGCAGCUUGCUGGGAUCUCUUCUUUUUUCAAUACUUCUCUCUCGCUUUACAAGCACGUGGAAGAUAUCCUAUGCAACGACGAGCAUCUGCGUUUGCGUAUCGACGUAUGCCCUUUUCGAUCGCUGUUUACGGCAGACCUGUGUGAUUUCUUUGAGCUUGACGGCAAGCUUUUGAAAUGGAAGGAAGCUCUUCCUUAUAAUCUACACUGGGAUGGAACGGGAGUCAGCCUGUCAAUGGAGACUGACCCUGCUAUUCGCCGUCUACGCGUUCUCAUCCGCCUGCGAUACCUAUCCAUUCGACUUCGAGUGUUCCGCCCGUUUCUGAUCUUCUGCCUGCGCCUCUCCCAUACAUGCUCAUGUGCAUCCAACCCUUCUCAUGCAUACGCACCCGGCCCACACAUUCUGACUGGCAAAGAUGCCGGCUCUGUUGACUCGCCUGCUAUCCUCGGUAUUGUCCGUGAUUCGACCCUGAAAUGCCUUGCCGCAGCACAAGAUAUCAUCAAAAUUCUGACGGAUCUCCAUGGCAAAGGUAUUGGCAAGGGAAACGAUGACAUCUUGAGGAUCACCACCUCCUCGUACGAAUGCCUCGACUACAUCUAUACCUCGGCCCUGAUCUUGAUUGCUUGUCGUGCAAUCCCUUUCAUUGUAAAGGGGGCCAGUGCAAACAAGUCGGUUUCCAGUAUGAACGAUCAAAUACGCCAAGCGGAUGUCCUCCUUCGCAAUUACGAGGAGUCUUCUCAGCAGACUGACGAGCUUACUGGACGAACUCAACGCUGCCGCGAAAUUCUUGACUUGCUGAAGGGUCAGAUUGGGAGCGGGCCCAUGGCACAGAACCCGAGCCUCUUCUCAGAUAUGCGGGUCUCGGUUGGCCAGCAUGUUUGGAAGAGGCUCUACGACCGACUUGGACUCCAAGAAGAAGGCUCAUUCCAGGAGGUCUCGUCCAGCAACAGCAGCGCGGGACGAAAGAACCUUUUUGCCUGGAUAGAAAGUCUGCCCACUGACCUAGACGGCUGGGACCCGGCCAAGACACAGAUCAAUUAG